AUGCUACCUCCUCUACCACGUCUCGACGACUACCAAAUAUCACCUACCACAGGAUUCCUUCCCACCGAACUGCCUCUCCUAUGUUUACCAGACCCAGUUUAUGAGAAGUGGGAGAAAAUAAUAGCCAACUUACAGUCUCUCAUUCUGAGCAAAAGACUGCGGACUGUUAUAGAUAAACUUCCUGUGAUUCCAGCUACACAUCUGUACACUGAAGCAGAGUGGCGGAGAGCUUAUACUGUCUUGAUCUUUCUAGCUCAUGGUUAUAUUUGGGGUGGUGAGAAACCUGCCGAGCGAUUACCGCCACCUAUUACCUACCCACUUCUCCAGGUCUGCGAACAUCUUGAAAUUCCUCCAGUCGCCACGUACGCCGGACUCUGCUUGUGGAACUACAAGCCUCUCUUUCUACGUGAUGGCCUGACCCUCGAGAACCUCUCUACCCUUGCCACAUACACCGGCUCUCUAGAUGAGCAGUGGUUUUACCUGGUCAGCGUGGCCAUUGAAGCUAAAGGUGGAUCAGCAAUCCCAGUUAUGCUAGAGGCCAUCCAGGCAGCAAGAGAUGACGACAAGGAGACAGUUACAGAGUGCCUGAGAGUUGUAGCUGAGGUCAUUGACGAAGUUGCAUCGAUCCUUACACGAAUGUAUGAGAACUGCGAUCCUCACGUAUUCUACCACCGCAUUCGUCCGUUCCUCGCUGGAAGCAAGAACAUGAAAGACGCAGGCCUUCCACACGGCGUCUUCUACGACGAUGGCAGCAGGAGUUCAGGCUGGAGACAAUAUGGUGGUGGCUCAAAUGCCCAAAGCAGCUUGAUCCAGCUGUUCGACAUAUUCCUCGGGGUUGAACAUCGACCAACAGGAUCAAAAGCAACAGACGCCUCGGAGUCCGAAGCAGAACCCGGUGUGCCGCCAAAGGCACGUCACAACUUCAUUCAUGACAUGAGACAAUACAUGCCAGGUCCACAUAGACGCUUUCUUCAGGCUAUCGAAUCUGUGGCCAACAUUCGCGAUUUCGUCGAGGCCAACUACCGCGAUCGAAAUUUGACCAUCGCAUAUGACGCCUGUCUAGCUAUGCUCAGAUCGUUGAGAGAUAAGCAUAUCCAGAUGGUUUCCAGAUAUAUCAUCGUCAAGAGCAGAGAAGCCAGAAGUCAUAGUAGACCAAGAAGUGGUGAAGCACAAAGUCCAGACAAUUCACCCGCGGGUCCACCUGCUCGUGGUCGCGGCAUUGCCUCAAUCAACUACAAAGACAAUGCUGAUGGCCAGCGUAAGAAGAAGAUGCGCGGUACUGGCGGUACAGCACUUAUUCCAUUCCUCAAGCAAGCUCGAGAUGAGACUGGCGAACCUGCAAUCGAUGACUGGGCACGCAGAGUUUUGACUGGUGGACGGAGGUCAGAAGCUGAUCACGAAGUCAAUGCCGAGAGCAUGAGGAUGAGACUGGGUAUCGACGACCUCAACGACGAGCCAGCUGUUGUCGGACUGGCGGGCAGUUGGUCUAUGGAGACUGAAGGCGGUGGUCUCUGCGCGUACUAA